CAGGAAUACAUUGAUGUCUCAAAUCAGUAUUUAUUGCCAGCAGGACCACAGUCUCGACAAGACCAAUCGUCGCUCGGUUUUUCACAAUUACCUACUGAUGUGUUUACCUUCGGUGGUCUGCCAACAUAUUCUAUUUCGCAAUUGACAAACGAACAACGAACGCCGGGGUAUAAUAUAGAUGGUUCCAAUCUGGCCGUGCAUGAACAACUAGUUACUGGUUCUAUUCAACAACAGAACAACUCUCUAUCUACUCUGAUUACGCAUCGGCAACCACGUCAACAACAGUGGCUCUCGCAACACCCGCAUUCGAGACAGC